AGCGCUAUCGAUUUCGGACAAACUCAACAUUUUGAAAAAGUACGAUGAAGGAUUGGCUGAGAAAAAAAAACAAAAAGAUAUUGCUAAUGAACUGGGGAUACCUCCUUCCACUUUAAGAACUUUAUUGAAAAACAGACGUGAAAUAGAACAAAGCAGCUUGUUAGGUGGCAGCAAACGACAAAAAUUAAAACACGGCAAGUAUGAAGAGUUGGAAAAUAUUUUAUUGGAGUGGUUUCAACAAGCUCGUAGUUUAAAUUAUCCAAUAAAUGGAGGUAUAAUCACGGAAAAGGCGAUGGAGAUUGCCGCACGUCUCAACUUAACCGAAUUUAGUGGAUCGACUGGUUGGCUGGAUAGAUUUCGGAGUAGGCAUAGCAUUGUGUACCGGCAAAUUUCAGGUGAGGCUGAAUCUGUUAAUAAUGAUGAUAGCUUCAUGGAAAAAUAACGUGUUGCCUUCAUUACUGCGUGACUAUGCUCCUGACGAUGUAUACAACGCAGAUGAAUUCGGAUUGUUUUUUAAGCUUAUGCCAGAUAAGUCUUUUGUUUUUAAAAAUGAGACAUGCCAUGGUGGAAAGUUGAGCAAGGAACGUCUCACGGUUUUAGUAUGUACAAAUUCUACCGGAACCCAUAAAUUGAAGUUGGUCGUCAUUGGAAAAAGUAGGUCUCCUCGCUGUUUCAAAAAUGUUCGUACGUUUCCAUGUGAAUACCUUGCUCAAAGUCGUGCUUGGAUGACAGGAAUACUAUUCAUGAACUGGAUUCAACAGCUAGAUGCAUUUUUCGGUAAACAAAAGAGAAAAAUUAUUCUAUUCGUCGACAAUUGUUCGGCUCACCCUAAAGAUAUCCCUACUACCAAUAUAAGACUUGUUUUCUUUCCACCAAAUACUACAUCUAAGUUACAACCCCUAGAUCAGGGUAUCAUUAAAGUGAUAAAACAAAAGUACCGAAAAAAGUUAGUUCAGCGGUACUUGAGAGACAUGGAGAGUACCAACCAAAUUUCAACUAAAGUUAACGUUUUGGACUCCAUACAUUACAUUAGUGCCGCUUGGGAUGAAAUUAAACCAGAUGUAAUAAUAAACUGUUUUCGGAAAGCUGCAUUUGGUGUGUUGAACAACUUUGAACAGGCUGAUAGCUCACCUUUAAAAGAAGAGGACUUUCAGCUUCUGCAAAACUUUGCUGAUUAUGCAACAGUAGAUGAUGAACUCGUAACCACUAGCACUCGGACUUUAGAUGAAAUAAUCGCUGAUACGAACUUAGUGGACAAUGAGAAAGAAGACGACGAUCAAGAAGAAGAAGAUCAAGACUUUCCAGUAUCUACUCCUACAAUAACUACUGGUUUGCAACAUUUAUCGGAAAUUCGGAAAGUAUUAUCCUGUGUUGAAAAUUCCGAAGAAAUGUUAGGUUGUCUUAAUAAAAUAGAAAACUUUCUUGCUGAAACACAUUGCCAGAACCUUAAACAAUCAAAAAUAGAUCAUUUUUUUUAAUAAACAAUAAUAAAGUAUGUAUGUAAUAAUAAUAUUUUUUUAAAUUAAAUUCAGUAGCACAAAAAUACAAGUAUGUAUGUAUAUUGUAAUUAUAAUUAAUUUAUAAGUGUAUUUCUCAUUAAAUUAUGUUU